AUUUCAGCCAAAACUGUAGAGAAAGGGUAUCAGACUAAGUGGGGGUGGCAUGCAAUCCCAGCCUUCUCCUAGCCCCUUAUAACUAGCACAUUAGUCUUCAAAGACUCUCAUGUUGGAAUAGUCCAUGAGCAAGUAGAUGCCACCUCAUUCUACUCAGGUUCCCUUCAGGAGUUGCUACACCUUCAGAUUGAGACAUCCUUCCUCAUUUGCAAAUCUCAGCUGUGUCUGGGGGCAGGGCUGCUGAAGAGCUAGCUGCCAAGAGCAGACAGGCUUCCAAGGACAAGUCCCACAUCAGACUGGAAACUGGGGGUAGUCCGUCCUGGUGUGAAGGGCACUGGAAGGCUCCCUCUCCAAAGGACACCUAGGAGCAAAGCUGACAUUUUCUUUACUUGUUUCCAUCAAUACUUUGAGUAUAUCAUCCCAGUCUGCAAGGAUUCUACUGAAAAAUCUGAUGUCUAUAUAGAAGUUCCCUUGUAUGGUUUACCCUCAAACACCAGAAACAUGCAUUGUGCCAUCCAAAAGGCAGAAGCACUGGAUGGGAAUCACUUGAUGCAAAUCCUCUGGAAUGAUGGGACAGAGUCUCUCUACCCAGCUGUAUGGCUGCGAGACAACUGCCAGUGCUCCGAUUGCUACCUGGAUUCUGCAAAAGCACGGAAACUUCUCCUGGAAACCCUUGAUGUGAACAUUGGUAUUAAAGACCUGGAGUUUGACAAAAAGAAGGUGAAUAUCACAUGGCCGAAUGAGCAUUGCAGUGAAUUUGAAGCUGAUUGGCUGAAGAAAAGAUGUUUUUCCCGGAAGGCCAGAGCAAAACUUCAGGAAGAAUUGUUUUUGCCAGAACGUCAAUACUGGGGUUCAGAGCUCCAGCUACCUACUCUAAGUUUUGAAGAUGUUUUAAAAAAUGAUGAACAUGCAUACAAGUGGCUCUCCAGCCUCAAGAAAGUAGGCAUUGUGCGACUCACCGGAGCAUCUAACAAGCGAGGAGAAGUAACAAAACUUGGGAAAAGGAUUGGUUUCCUCUAUCUCACAUUUUAUGGACAUACUUGGCAAGUGCAAGACAAAAUUGAUGCAAACAAUGUGGCUUACACAACUGGGAAGCUAAGCUUUCACACGGAUUAUCCAGCCCUCCACCAUCCACCUGGGGUUCAGCUUCUGCACUGCAUAAAACAAACAGUCACAGGGGGUGAUUCAGAAAUUGUAGAUGGGUUUAAUGUGUGCCAAAAGCUUAAGGAAAAAAAUCCUCGAGCAUUCCAGAUUUUGUCUUCCACCUUUGUGGACUUUACAGACAUUGGAGUGGAUUACUGUGAUUUCUCUGUACAAUCUAAACACAAAAUUAUAGAGUUAGAUGACAAAGGCCAAGUGGUUCGCAUCAACUUCAACAAUGCAACUAGAGACACGAUAUUUGAUGUACCUGUUGAGAGAGUUCAACCUUUUUAUGCUGCUCUAAAAGAGUUUGUUGAUCUCAUGAACAGCAAAGAAAACAAGUUCAUCUUCAAGAUGAAUCCAGGUGAUGUGAUUACUUUUGAUAAUUGGCGCUUACUUCACGGCCGACGAGGCUAUGAAGCAGGAACUGAGAUAACCCGCCAUCUGGAGGGAGCCUAUGCUGAUUGGGAUGUGGUGAUGUCAAGGCUUCGCAUCUUAAGGCAGGGCGUUGCUAAUGGGAACUGAAUCUUGUGUCUCUAAUUUUAAUAAGAUUUCAGUGACUGCAUUUAUAAGAUAUGUCACGGUUAUUCAAAAGAUCACAAUCUGUAUGGUUCACAUAUCAAUUUAGCACUGAACAUGUAACUCCCUCACAACAAUACACUGUUGCUUGUAAUUCUACUCAAUGUCAGCCUUUUCAAUGGUGUAGCAAUAUAACCUCUUCUCCAAAUAAAUCAUUCUUCUGUCUUAUUGAA